AUGCUGGUGUCACUGGCCUCGUUUCCUGGACUUUCAAUGAAACUGCUUCUGGCAGAUCGCUUUCUCCAACCCAUUUCCCAUGUGAACUCGACUGACAUGCCGCUGUCUCUCAGGCACAAACGCUCUCGAAGUGCGUUGGCGCUGGCCCUGCUGCACCGCGACAAAUCCAAAAGUGAAGAUAAAGAAGGCCUGGAUGACGGUGACAAUCGCUCGGUCGCCUCCGCCUCGACGAAUGGCUCCUUAGGCCACGCUCGCAGUCGCAGCCGCCACAGUCGUCCAAAGCAAGCCCAAGAGGCGAGCUCUCCCCCCUCGCAAACUCCCCUCGAGCGAAUCCCCUCCAACCAAAGCGCAGACACGAUGGAAAAGGUGCCCUCGACGGCCCAUACUGACAGUGGUAGCAUGUCUCUCGACCAGUCGGUGCGGACCUUUCGCCUGUUUGAGAUUCUCCGCAGCGGGGAUACCAAUGCGAUCUCCAAGGCGAUCAAGGAGACCAAGGAUGGACAGGGAGCGAACGCCCUCUACGGCACGACGGUGCUCCACCUGGCUCUUCAGUGCGCUGAGCCAGAGGUCGUCGAAUACGUGCUGUCUGUUGGGGACGACUUGGACAUUAAUGCGCGUGACCGCGAAGGAAGCACACCACUCCACAUUGCGGCCCAGCUGGGACGGGUUCCUCUUGUGCGCGAGCUACUGAACCAGCCCACCAUCAACGACUCGAUUGUGAACUACCGGGGCCAGACGCCGCUCAAUGUGGCGCGGACACCCGAGAUCUUCCAGCAACUCCAGCUGGCACGGUCUCUCUUCAUCGACAGCAAGACGCAGGAAAUCCAAGCCUUGAUCGGCAAACGAGAUUACGAAAACCUGGAAAAGCUACUGGAAGAGCCUCGGGUGGAAGGAAUCUUGGAUGUGAACAGCCUGGAGUUGGUCACUGACUGUGUCACGACCCAGUCAGGCGGUACGCUACUGCAUGAAGGGGCUAGAAACAAGGAUGCCCAGUUGAUUGAAAUUCUUUUGACCCAUGGCGCGGAUCCUUUUCGUCGGGACAAGAAAGGGAAAUUGCCACAGGAUAUUACCAAGGACGACAAGACCCGGGCGAUGCUGAAAAAAUCCCCGGCUGCCGCGAUUGCACAACGGGGCAUACAGGAGAAGGCGAUCUUGGGCAAUAGCAAUGCCCAAGGGCUUUCGGGUCGCGUGUCGAUUGGCGACGCACCUUUAGCAGGCAAAGAUGCCCGUGAAAUGAGGGGGUAUCUCAAGAAAUGGACUAAUUACACUAGCGGCUACAAGCUGCGCUGGUUUGUCCUUGAGGAUGGCGUUUUGAGUUACUACAAACAUCAAGGUGAGCGGGCUCGUUUUGGAUCUUGGUCUUUCUUCCAAGGCUCUUCGCUGACCUUUCUUGCAGACGAUGCGGGCUCUGCCUGUCGUGGAGCGAUCAACAUGAAGAUCGCCAGACUCAGCAUGGAUGCACAGGACAAGACCCGGUUCGAGAUCCACGGCAAGUCGUCGGUCAAAUACCACCUUAAAGCCAAUCAUGUCGUGGAAGCCAAGCGCUGGUUCUGGUCUCUGAACAAUGCGAUACAGUGGGCCAAGGAUGAGGCUAAGGAAGAAGAGCGGCAACGCUCCAAGACCGCCGAAGCGCUUCGCCAAGCGAAGAUUGACCAGACCGACGGGCGCCCAACCGAGACCCCGUCUGAGUCUGGUCUCGUCCACAGACCUAGUGUAAAAGGUUUGGCACCUCCAUCUCUCGGGAUUCCUAGCAGCAGCAGCACCAGGCUAAGCACGUAUGCUUCUCACACUACACUGGACACCACGGCUGGUGACGAAGAGAGCUCGGCCUAUGGCUCGUAUGAUCAGAGCACUGCUCAGAAUGAGGUGAAUAGGGCUAUUAGCCAUGUUACGAGUGCCCCGGAUGUGGAAAGGGAAGAAGACUUUGGCGACGAUGUGUCGAGCCAUGAGGUGCCUGCCUCCGACAAGGAUGCCCUCAAUAUCACCGCACAGUCCGCGAAACUUCAACUCGAUCUCCUCGCAAACGUGGCUGCUUCUUUGCAAACAGAAAGGUCCAAGAAUCCGGAUAUGUCAAUCGGGGAUCCCGCUGUCGAACAGGCCCUUGGUACCUAUGAGGCUGCUGUCAGCAGCCUCAAGGGCUUGGUACAAAAUCUGCUCAAAAUCUCUCGGGACCGGGAUUCUUACUGGCAAUACCGCCUCAACCGGGAGGAAACCAUGCGCCAGAUGUGGGAAGAAAGCAUGGCACGAGUGGCUCAAGAACACGAGGAGCUACAAUCCAAGAUGGGUGAAUCCGAGGAAAAGCGAAAACGCACCAAACGCGCCCUGAAAGAAGCACUGGAGGGUGCCACGACUAGCAGCCGUUCGAUCAGCGGUGCUCCCUCUCGCAUACUGGCCGAGGACUCAGGUGCGACGGAAGCCAGCAAAACCGAAACUCCCCCAGAGGCUGUGGCGGAAACAGACCAGCCGGGUCAGGAGGCCGCCGAGUCCACCCUUUCUCGGAAACCGUCGGUGCUCUCUCAGCUCAGCAGUCUCUACAACUCCGAGUCGGAUGGGGAUGAAUUCUUCGAUGCCAUUGACGCGGGUGAGAUCGAAGUGGAGGAUUUCAACAAGACCGCUGCCGCUGAGACAGAGAAACCACAAGAUGAGACUGCUGAGCUGCGGGCUGUCAAAACUUCGGUCAUUAAGCCCUCUUUCCAGGGAUACGAAGAGCCGGUGAGGAAACGACUCAAGAUGGACAGUGACAACCGACCCAAGAUUUCUCUGUGGCCGACUUCAUUGCUUCAGCGAGUGGCCGAGGAUUUGGAAUAUACCGAUCUCCUUGACAUCGCUGCCGACCGGUCAGAUUCGAUGGAGCGUCUUGUCUAUGUGGCCUCGUAUGCCGCGAGUGAAUACGCCUCGACGAUCGGCCGUGUGGCGAAACCGUUCAACCCUCUUCUCGGUGAAACUUUUGAGUAUGUCCGGCCAGACAAGGGCUAUCGAUUCUUCGUGGAACAAGUCAGCCAUCAUCCACCGAUUGGUGCCGCGUGGGCCGAGUCAACCAAGUGGGAUUACUGGGGCGAAUCUUCUGCCAAAUCCAAAUUUUACGGGAAGUCUUUUGACGUCAAUUUGUUGGGCACAUGGUUCCUGAGGCUUCGGCCCAUCACUGGCGGAGAGGAACUAUACACCUGGAAAAAGGUCACAUCCUCGGUGAUCGGUAUCAUUACGGGCAAUCCGACUGUGGACAACUACGGUCUGAUGGAGAUCAAGAACUGGACUACGGGCGAAGUUUGCUAUUUGGACUUCAAACCUCGCGGGUGGAAAGCAUCUUCGGCCUACCAGUUGACCGGCCGAGUCGUCGACCAGGACGGCUCUCCCAAGUGGAGUAUCGGCGGCCGAUGGAACGACAAGAUCUUCGCGCGUCACACCCCUGGCUUCGAGGCUCCCAUCUCCAGCCAAGAUCCCGAAUCCGCCAAGUUGGUGUGGCAAGCCAACCCUCGUCCCACGGGUGUGCCUUUCAACCUGACUCCCUUCGGCAUCACACUUAACGCUCUCUCCGAGGGUCUAAAGGAAUGGCUGCCUCCCACGGACACCCGACUACGACCCGAUCAGCGCGCCAUGGAGGACGGCGAAUAUGAUCUUGCUGCCGAUGAAAAGCAUCGCGUCGAGGAGAAGCAACGCGCCAAACGGCGAGAGCGGGAAGCCAAUGGCGACGUGUACGCGCCACAAUGGUUCACCCGGGCCAAGUGCCCCAUAACCGGAGAGGAUUACUGGGCUCACAAUGGGAAAUACUGGACCAGCCGAGAGGCCCAAGAUUGGAGCCUUGCUGAGGAUAUUUUUUGA